GGGUUUAUUGUAAAUUACCACUCACAACAACUGCUGUUAAAAUACAGUCGGAAACAUUUUUUCGAUUCCGAGUGAUCUUAAACGCACCCGAAGUCUCUGUGGUUGACUCGACACAGCAGCCAUGCAGCGAGACAAAACAAAUAACUCUGGCGGGGCUGAAAAGCCUGACCGGGAGGCUGCCAUCAUGUCCAAAUACUACGAUGGAGUCGAAUUUCCAUUUUGCGACGAGUUCUCCAAAUAUGAAAAACUAGCAAAAAUUGGACAAGGGACAUUUGGGGAAGUGUUCAAAGCAAAGCACAGACAGACUGGGAAGAAGGUAGCGCUGAAGAAGGUUUUAAUGGAAAAUGAAAAGGAAGGGUUCCCAAUCACGGCUCUCAGAGAAAUAAAGAUCCUACAGCUGCUCAAGCAUGAGAACGUGGUGAAUCUGAUUGAGAUCUGCAGAACCAAAGCCACUCAGUAUAAUCGAUACAAAGGCAGCAUCUACCUGGUGUUUGACUUCUGUGAGCAUGACCUGGCUGGGCUGCUAAGCAACACAAAUGUGAAGUUCACCCUGUCGGAAAUCAAGAAGGUCAUGCAAAUGUUGCUCAAUGGAUUGUACUACAUCCACAGGAACAAGAUCCUUCACAGAGACAUGAAGGCAGCCAACGUGCUCAUCACCAGAGACGGCGUCCUAAAGCUGGCUGACUUUGGUUUGGCUCGCGCUUUCAGCCUGGCCAAAAACAGCCAGGGAAACCGCUACACCAAUCGUGUGGUCACACUGUGGUACAGACCUCCUGAGCUGCUUCUGGGUGAGCGAGACUACGGACCCCCUAUCGACUUGUGGGGCGCAGGCUGCAUCAUGGCUGAAAUGUGGACAAGAAGCCCCAUCAUGCAAGGCAACACAGAGCAGCACCAGCUAACUCUCAUUAGCCAGCUUUGUGGCUCCAUCACUGCUGAGAUAUGGCCAGGUGUGGAUAAAAAGUACGAGCUUUACCAGAAAAUGGAGUUGCCCAAAGGCCAAAAGAGGAAAGUGAAGGAUCGUCUCAAAGCUUACGUCAAAGAUGCCUACGCUCUGGACUUGAUCGACAAGCUGCUGGUCCUGGACCCCGCUCAGCGUACAGAUAGUGAUGACGCUCUCAACCAUGACUUCUUCUGGUCUGAUCCCAUGCCAUCAGACCUGAAGAGCAUGUUGUCCACGCACAACACGUCCAUGUUUGAAUAUCUGGCCCCUCCCAGGCGGAGAGGUCACAUGCCCCAACAGCAGCCAAACCAGAACAGAAACCCCGCCACCACCAGUCAGACUGAGUUUGAUCGAGUCUUUUAAGGAGGAGAGAAUUUAGUAGAAAUGAGUAUGCCCUUGCUUUAUACCUCCUUCUGUUUUUAUAUGGGGAUCAAAUACUUUGCUUGUGGAUGAAAAAAAUCCCAACUUGGACCUUGAACAUUAUAACUGAACUGUAGUAUGUUGGGCAUUUCGCUUUUUUUUCCCCCCUCACUUGUCUGUUUAUAGACACACCAUUUCUGGGAUAAACCCACUCCACAUUUUACACAGCCAAAAUCCCUGACUAAGGUUGUUCCUGUCUAAUUUGAAUUAAAGCAACACCCAAGCAACCAAAACUGUGAAAUAUGUUUGAAUGUACCCUUGACUACAAAUAUGUACACAUACAGUAUGUAGAUCUUGGCGCCCAUAAAAUUGACUACUUUUGACACCUCCUAACCUUCCUAGCCUCCUAAACCGCCCCCUCUGAUUUCAGAUCAAAAUUUGCAGUAAAAGUUGCUGCUGUAAUUUUUAGAUUAUUGUAAUUUUUAGAAAAUUAAAGGAACACUUUUUUUUUUAUUGGGCCUGGCAUGAAUUGAAUUAAACCUGUCUGAUAAUUUUCUGGUUGGUGAGCAGCUGAGGGCCUCGUUAAUCAAUUUCAGCUGUAUUGGUGUUCAUGGAAUUAACAACAGGUGCACUUCAGUGGCGACAAUUAGAAAACCCUCAAAACAGGACUGGUUUUACAUGUGGAGGCCAUUUCAAGUUUCUCCCUCUUGAUCUUUUUUGGCUGAUUUUGGCUUGCAUAGUCAUCUCUACUGGCAGUCUGAGGCGAUUCCUUAACCCUACAGAAGUUGCACAGGUUGUCCAACUUCUCCAGGAUGGCACAUCCACACGUGCUGCAGCAAGAAGGUUUAAUGUGUGUCCCAACACAAUCUCCAGAACAUGGAGGAGAUUUCAGGAUUUCAGGACCGAUACCUGCUCCUUUGUGCAAGGCGGAACAGGCUGAGCACUGCUCGUGCCCUACAGAAUGACCUCCAGAGGACCACUGGUGUGAAUGUGUCUACCCAAACACUCAGGAACAGACUUCAUGAAGGUGGCCUGAGGGCCCGACGUCUUGUAUAGUGGUCCCUGUGCUCACUGCCCAGCACCGUGGAGCUCGACUGGCAUUUGCUCAAGAACACCAGAAUUGGCAAGUCCGCCACUGGCGCCCUGUACUUUUCACAGACGAGAGCAGGUUCACCCGGAGCACCUGUGAUAGACGUGAAAGAGUCUGGAGAAGACAAGGAGAACGUUAUGCUGCCUGCAACGUCGUUCAACAUGACAGGUUUGGUGGUGGGUCAGCGAUGGUCUGGGGAGGCAUAUCCAUGGAGGGAUGCACAGACCUAUACUGCCUAGGAAAUGGUGCUCUGACUGCCAUAAGGUAUCGAGAUGAAAUCCUUGAACCCAUUGUCAGACCCUACACUGGUGCAGUAGGUCCUGGUUUCCUCUUAAUGCAUGACAAUGCCCGGCCUCACGUGGCAAGAGUAUGCAGGCAGUACCUGGAGGAUGAAGGAACUGAAACAAUUGAAUGGCCUUCAUGAUCCCCUGACUUAAACCCAAUAGAACAUCUCUGGGACAUUAUGCUUGGGUCCAUUAGGUGCCGCCAGGUUGCUCCUCAGACUGUACAAGAGCUCAGGGAUGCUCUCACACAGAUAUGGGAGGAAAUGCCACAAGACAUUAUCUGUCGUCUCAUUAGGAGCAUGCCGCGACGUUGUCAAGCAUGCAUACAAUCUCGUGGGAGCCACACAAGAUACUGAAAAGCAUUUUGAGUUACAGAAAUUAAGUUUUGGAACAAAUGGACUGGCCUGCCACAUCUUCAUUUCACUCUGAUUUUAUGGUGUCUACACAAUUGAGCCCUCUGUAGGCUGAAAACUUUUAUUUCCAUUAAAAGACUUGGCAUCCUUUUGUUCCUAAGACACUGCCCUGUCAUUAUUGUAUA